CUGCAACUUUACGCGUAUCGCCGCCAUGGAUGACCUUUACGACGAGUUUGGUAACUUUAUCGGAGAGGCCGAGUCCGAUGAAGAUGUCCAGACGAACGGCGAGGCUGCGGACGCCUACGUCCUCGAUGACCACGAGCCCGAGGAUGCCGAAGUGAACGACCAGCAGCUUAUGGAAGUCGACGAAGGGCCGUCAAACGCCGUAGUCCUGCACGAAGACAAGCAAUACUACCCCUCCGCGGCAGACGUAUACGGCGACGAUGUCGAAGUUCUGGUACAGGAGGAGGAUACGCAGUCGCUGGCGCAGCCGAUCAUUGCGCCAGUCGUGCAGAAAAAGUUCACAGUACAGGAGACAGAUCUGCCGCCUGUGCACUACUCGAGAGAGCUGUUGACGGACUUGAUGAACUUCCCAGACCAGAUACGAAACAUCGCAAUUGCUGGACAUUUGCAUCAUGGAAAGACCGCGUUUAUGGAUAUGUUGGUGAUGGAGACACACGACAUCCAGGACCGGUUGGAUUACAAGAAAGGAAAGAAGAGGGAGGAGCAGCUGCGAUACACAGACGUACACAUUCUCGAGCGCGAACGAGGCCUUUCGAUCAAGGCCGCGCCGAUGAGCCUGGUCCUGCAGAACACGAAAUCGAAGUCGCACCUUUUUAACAUUCUUGACACACCUGGACACGUCAACUUCGCAGACGAGGUUGCUUCGUCUUUACGCCUGGUGGAUGGUGUGGUCUUGGUUGUAGACGUUGUGGAAGGUGUGCAGGUCAACACAGAGCAGGUCAUCAAGCAUGCAAUUCUGGAAGAUCUUCCUUUGACCUUGGUGAUUAACAAGAUGGACCGUCUGAUCCUGGAACUGAAGCUUCCGCCGAAGGAUGCCUACUUCAAGAUUAAGCACGUUAUCGAGGAGGUCAACACGGCCAUCGAGAACACGAUUCCUGGACGAGGCGAAAGCAGGCGAGUCAGCCCUGAGAAGGGCAACGUUGCAUUUGCCUGCACAAGCAUGCGCUGGUGCUUUACGAUUCAGUCGUUCGCAAAGAUGUACUCGGACUUCUACCCCGGACCGUCGAGACUACCGGGAUUCGGAGUGCCUAUGAAGGGGCUGGAUGUUGACAAGUUCGCCAUGCGACUCUGGGGUGACAUUUUCUACAAUCCAGGCAGCCGCAAGUUCAGCCGUAAGGCACAGGAAGAGGGCGCACAACGGUCAUUCGUACACUGGAUUCUGGAGCCAGUCUACAAGCUUUACUCUCACACCCUCAGCGAAAGCUCGGCCGAUCUCAAAGAUACGUUAGGCGCACUUGGUAUCAACCUGAAGCCUUCAGAAUACAAGACGGACGCAAAAGAGCUUAUGCGACUUGUCUGCCAGCAGUACUUCGGACCAUCUUCAGGUUUCGUCGACAUGGUCACCCAGCAUGUUCCAUCGCCAACGGAGGGUGCGAAGAGGCUGCUUCAGAGGCACUACACUGGCCCGCUAGACUCGAAGACUGCAGAGGCCAUGGACAAGUGCGACCAGGACGGCCCACUUAUCGUGCAUGUCACGAAGCUGUUCAACGCGACGGAUGCGAAAUCUUUCACGGCCUUGGGACGCGUAAUGAGCGGAAUUGCGAAAUCUCCGCAAUCGGUGCGAGUCCUUGGCGAAGGCUACACGAUCGAAGAUGAGGAAGACAUGGUUGUUGCCACUAUCACAGACACUUGGAUCGCCGAGUCGAGAUACAAUGUACCUGUCAGCGGUGUUCCGGCAGGAAACUGGGUGCUGCUUGGUGGUGUUGACAACUCAAUCGUCAAAACAGCGACAAUCGUUGCCUCGAAACUCCCUGAUGACGAAGACGCAUACAUUUUUCGACCAAUCCGCCACUUCUUCGAGUCCGUUUUCAAGGUUGCAGUGGAACCCAUUAACCCUUCGGAGCUGCCAAAGAUGUUGGACGGUCUCCGCAAGAUCAACAAAUCGUACCCACUCAUCACCACGAAGGUCGAAGAGUCUGGCGAGCACGUUGUUCUUGGUACCGGCGAAUUAUACAUGGACUGCGUUCUCCACGAUCUGCGACGACUGUACGCAGACAUGGAGAUCAAGGUCUCCGACCCAGUCACCAGGUUUUGUGAGACGGUUGUGGAGAUGUCUGCCAUCAAAUGUUACGCCAUGACACCAAACAAGAAGAACAAGCUUACCAUGAUCGCCGAGCCGUUGGAUCCAGGUAUUGCCGAGGACAUCGAGUCCGGCAAGGUCGAUAUCAAGCAGCCUGUUCGAGUCGUAGGCAAGUUCUUCGAAGACAACUAUGGCUACGACUUGCUUGCAUCCAGGAAUAUCUGGGCUUUCGGGCCUGACGACAUGGGUGCCAACAUCCUGCAAAAUGACACACUUCCUUCAGAAAUCGACACAAAGACGCUGCGCACAGUGCGCGACACAAUACGACAAGGCUUCAGCUGGGCGACGCGCGAAGGUCCGCUCUGCGAAGAGCCCAUCCGCAACACCAAGUUCCGCAUCACAGACGUCGAACUGGCAUCAGAAGCCAUCUUCCGCGGCGGUGGCCAGAUUAUCCCAACGAGUCGACGAGCCUGUUACUCGAGUUUCCUGAUGGCGAGCCCGCGCUUGAUGGAGCCGGUGUACUCUUGCAGCAUGACCGGUCCUGCGGACACCAAGAGCAGUCUCUACACAGUGCUUGCGAGAAGGAGAGGCCACGUCCUGCAGGAUGGACCGAUUGCCGGUACACCACUGUACAAUGUUAGGGGACUCAUUCCGGUCAUCGAUUCUUUCGGUUUCGAGACCGAUCUGAGGAUUCACACACAAGGUCAAGUCUCCUUGUCUCUCGUCUUCGACCGCUGGUCUAUCGUGCCCGGCGAUCCGCUCGAUAAGGAGAUCACGCUGCGACCCCUCGAGCCCGCGACCGCACAAGCACUCGCACGCGACUUCGUGCUCAAGACAAGACGGAGGAAGGGUCUGGCUGAGGACGUCACCAUUAGCAAGUUCCUAGAGCCUGAACUGUUCAGAAACUUGAAGGAGAGUGGUGUGCUUGACGUUUGAGGACGCAUUGUAUGAUACAAAAAGUGGCGUUGACUGCGCAGCGACACUUCGCGCACGCAUGGUGAGGUCUAUCAAAAGCGUGAGCUGGAUUGAAUAUACCCUUUGACCACCGUAUCGUUUCCAUCGCCUGUUCCAUCGAGGUGCCUACCUGACGAAAAGCUGCUGUCAUCUUCCACGAAGGCCUGACCAUCGGGUCUCGCUCCGCCCAUACCAUCGCG